UCACAUUCCCUCUUUCUUCCACCACUCUUUAAAUUAACGAACCAUCACCUUCAUCUUCCUCAACUCCAUUUCUUUUACUCCACUGCACCACAAAAUGCAGUCUAAAAGACCACCCAUUUUCCAAAAGCUCUCAGAUUUCCUCAAAGUUUCCAUCUUUAUCGCUAAAAUGAAAAGACCCAUCAUCCCAAAGCUCCUUUUCCUCAAGAAAUCAUCCAGGAGAAACAGUUUCGAGCUACACCACCACUAUAAUUAUGGGUUUGUUCGAGACUUCCAAUUCUCCCCUUCCACCACUCCUCUGUUUCGUUUUUACAGAGGCCGCCGCGGUCUCUGCCGCCGCGAUGUGUAUUCGGUGCUGUUUCCAUGCAGAUGUAUUGGUAGUUCUUCUGGAGCUGAAAAAGAAGAAGAUGGAGAUUACAGCGUGGAGGAAGCUUUACCGGAGUCGUUGGAUUGGAGUGACGACGAUGAUUCGAUUGAUCGGAGGGCUGAAAUUUUCAUUCAGAAGUUCUAUGCGGAUAUGAAAAUGGAGAGGCUAGCAAUAGCAUCCAUUUAAAACUUGGGAUUUUUCUUUUAUUGAGUUGAUUCUUUCAUUGGUUUGGUUGAGUUCUUUUGGGGUUUAUUGUUAUUUUUUGAUGUGUUCACUCCACUAAAGUUUUAGAAAUGGUGGACAUUUAUUUUUCUAAUUUUAAGUCUUUGCAUUGGAAUUGUAAGCAAAAUUUGGAACAAAGUUUAUGAUUUUUUGUUGUUUCUUGUUUCAAAAUUUAAUUUUCAUUUGAAUCUUGAACUUUAGGGAGCAUUUAAGGAUAACUGUAAUCUUUGCAGGAGAAUUUGAUAAUCAAAUUUUGUUGGAAUCGUCUACCCUUCGACGGUCAAGAUUUGACAACAGCGAACAGUCACGAACGGCAAUUGUCAGAAAAUUGGAACCUACAAAACAGAAACUCAUUACGGGCUAAGUCGCAGAUCUUGUUCUCUUUAAGAUGUUUCGCGGCUCUACCCAUGUGUGCAAGCAAUUCUACGGAAUUGUCACGUUGUUCCUGUUGGGGUUAAUGCCCUAAAGUCUCGUGUCCUGUAGUUUGUAAACAGUUUGU